UGUAGCAGCAUCAGGAAAAUGAAGACACUAUUUUCUCGGGCGUUUUCCAGGAUUUAUGAGAUUCCCAGAAAAUCUUUGUUUGACUGUCCUCAACACCGCCAAUCUCUUGUUUUGACAGCUAAUUCUCACUCUUCCAUCGAUUCUAAUCCAAAGGAAAAGGUGGAUCCAUUCUCCCUUGUUGCUGAUGAAAUCUCACUUGUUUCAAACAGGUUGCGUUCAUCUGCAGUUGCCGAGGUCCCUGAGCUCUCCUCGGCUGCUCGAUAUUUCUUCGAACAUGGAGUGGAAGGGAAGAGGACAUGUUCCAUGGUUUUGUUGUUGAUGGCUAAAUCAAUGGAUAAACAUAAACCCGGAUCAUCUUUUAGUUGCAUCCAAGAUACAUCGAGAGUUCAACUGCGUCUAAAACAGAAACUUAUAGCCGAAAUAACCGAGAUGAUCCAUGUGGCUAGUCUAAUUCAUGAUGAUAUCUUGGAUGAUGCGAAAACGAGGCGUGGCGUCGGUUCGUUAAAUUCUGUGUUCGGAAAUAAGUUAGCUGUGUUAGCAGGGGAUUUUCUGCUUUUUCGAGCUCUAGGGGCCCUCGCUUCCUUGAAAAACAAUGAGCAGAUUGUAUCAUUACUAGCGACAGCAGUCGAAAAUCUUGUUACGGGUGAAACCAUGCAAAUGGCUGCAACGGUCGAGCAGCGCUGCAGCAUGGAGUAUUAUAUGCAGAAGACUUACUACAAGACUGCAUCAUUGGUCUCCAACAGCUGCAAGGCAAUGGCCCUUUUAUCCGAUCAAACACCCAAAGUUGCAAUGUCGGCUUUUGAAUACGGCAAGAAUUUGGGAAUGGCAUAUCAGUUCAUAGACGAUAUUCUCGAUUUCACAGGCACAUCAGCUUCAUUAGGAAAGGGUCCGUUAUCGGACAUACGACAGGGAAUCAUAACUGCUCCUAUAUUAUUUGCCAUGGAGGAGUUUCCUCGGUUGAAAGCCGUGACCGAGCAGGGCUUCGACAACUCCGCCAAUAUAAAUACGGCACUUGAGUACCUGUGGAAGAGCAACGGAAUACAAAGGACGAAAGAACUCGCGGCGAAGCAUGCUAAUCUUGCUGCAGCAGCCAUCGAUUCUCUGCCCGAAAGUAGCAGCUCGGACGUAAGGAGAUCGAGGCAAGCACUCAUUAAUCUCACUCGAAUACUCACAGCUAGAAAUAAAUGAGAACAAUUGAAUCUAAUUUUCGUUUGUUAAACCGUUAUUCUACAUCGAUUAGAGUAUUCCGAUACUACUCGCGUUGGAUGCUUAACAUGGUAUUAGAGCCUCGGUUUUGUUAUGUUGUUAUU